AGAAAAAUGACCUGUUACUACAAUGAAUCUAUGGAAUUUUUCUAUAACCGCAGUAAUGGGGAAUCUGAUGAAGAUUUGCUGGAGAGCACACUCAUUCUUGGUUUCGUAAUCGGCUCAUUGUUUUGCCUGUUUAUUUUUUUGUCCAAUGCUCUGGUCAUCUGUGCAGUUGUCAGAAACCGUCGAUUCCAUUAUCCUUUUUACUACCUGCUAGCAAAUCUGGCAGCAGCAGACUUUUUUGCCGGAAUCGCUUACGUAUAUCUUAUGUUUCAUACGGGACCAGUGUCAAAAACGUUGACUGUGCACCGUUACUUUCUCCGGCAGGGGUUAUUGGACGCAAGUUUGACUGCAUCAGUGGCUAACUUGCUGGUUAUAGCAGUUGAACGCUAUACUUCAGUGAUGAAAAUGCAAGUACACAGUACAUUGACAAAACGAAGAGUUUCUGUUCUCAUCGUAGGUAUUUGGACAGUGGCUGCUGUUAUGGGUGCUACCCCCAGUAUGGGUUGGAAUUGCAUCUGUAAUAUUAGCACCUGCUCUGUUCUGGCCCCAGUCUACAGCAGGAGCUUUUUGAUAUUUUGGGCCGUGUCCAACCUCUUCUCAUUUUUCAUCAUCAUGACAAUAUAUUUGAGAAUAUAUCUAUUUGUGAAGAAGAAGACUCAGAUCAUCUCUCCGCACACCACCGGUUCCAUCAAACGCAGCAAAAUGCCCAUGAAGCUGGUGAAAACCAUCAUGACUGUACUUGGUGCUUUUAUUAUCUGCUGGACCCCAGGAUUGGUGGUGGUUCUUCUGGAUGGGCUUCAGUGCAAAAGCUGUGAUUUGUUAUCCAUGAAAAAGUGGGCCCUUAUGUUGGCUUUAAUUAACUCUUUGAUGAAUCCGAUCAUUUAUUCCCGCAAAGAUCGUGAAAUGUGGAAAACCUUGAAGAGUAUGAUUUGCUGCAUCUCUCAAAAUGCAUUUGAAAAGGACCAUUCAAAAUCGAUCUCGACCAGGCAGAGUAUCAUCACUGAAAGUGGCUACUGUGCUGAAGAACAAGCGUCUUCCUAAAUGCUACCAGAAGAAGCUUAUAAACUCUGAUUAUUAAGUGGAGCACUGCUUUCAACAUUAUCACAGGGAUUAUCACAAAAGUACCAAAUGAUUUUGGAAAAAGAAGAUUCUUUGGUCCAUUUGAUCUCAUCUUUCCAGAAUACUCAGCUUACUUUCUGCCAAUUACAGCAUCACACCGUUUUGCUUAAAUGGGUUAAGCAUCCUUGCCCUAAUUACCCUUCUUCUAAACUUGUUCCAGUUGUUAAUUAUCCUCAUUGUGAAGAAAUAUUUCUUUGUGUCUGUCCUGAACUCGCCCUUUGCAGGCCUAAUACUAUAAAGUACUGUACUUAUCCUUGUAAACCUACACAAAACGUGCAGUAAACCAUAAUAUUUGGAAUAAAACUAGUGAGAUACAUUGUUUUACAAUGAUACUUGAAACAUAAUAUACCAGACUAAAGGUAAACAUAAUAACAUUAAAUAUCUAUUCACUUCUUCAGAACUGAGUAAACCGGGGGAGAAAUUGAUCAAAUUAUUGUAAAUGUUGAAAUUUGCUGACAUUUCUCAAUGUUUUCAAGGUAUAUAGAAUGCGUCAAUUGUGACUAUAGAUAUAUAAUUUGUUUCCCAAUUGGUAACUCAACUGAUACCCAGUGUGAGUUAUUUUACCCUUUUAUAACAUGGUUUGGCUACUUGGUUGUGAAAAGACUAUCUUGUUAGUCCUGAACUGGUCAUUCUCUCUGAAAUUAUAAUAUUUCUAUAUAUUUAGAAACGACUAACAUACAUGUCUAGUCCUGUUAACCUACAGUAUAAAUUGAGUAAAAAUAUACAAAAAGUAAACAUAAAAGACCAUGGUAAUAUGUAUUACUACUUCAAAUUUGUUUGUUUGAGGGAUUUUUUUGUAGUUAGACUAAUGUUUGAAUCCAAGUUACAAAAUAUAAACUUAUCCCUUCCAUAACACAUUAAAUGUUUCAUUUAAAAUGCAGCUUUUAUUUGUUAAAAAAUGCAUGUUUAUAUGAUGAAUCCUAGCAUAUAAAAAUGGUUGUAAGGUUCUUCAACUAAAAUGUAUUUGGGUUUUGCUAACCACAUGUAUUUUUGUCCUGGUUACCAAUCUAUAGAUAUAUUACUUGUGGAUUUAUUUGAGUAAUAUUCGACAAUUAUAUUCUGUAGCUUUGAGGAGUUUUGCCAAGGUUGAUCUUACAGUACUCAAAGCAUUUCUCAAGUACUGAUAUUUUUCUUGGAGAAUGCAUACAGUAGUACAGGACAAACUACUGUUGUUAUGAUUUUGAUUUAAUGCCCACAAUUUUGGAUAUUCAAAUCCAAAAUGAGUACACAGUUAAUGGUGGGGAUCUGGUUCAUUUCAAAACAAUAAAAACAUUUUUGGUUUAUGUUCUUGAUGUUUUUGACCUUUUUAUGCUGCUCACAUAUAAGGAUUUGAGGCAUUUCUGUCGUACAUAUUUUAUUUUCAGUGUUGUGCAUAUAAACUCACUGUACUGGUGCUCUCUGCAUAAAUCAAUUUAUAUGGAGCAUCACUGUUUCACUUUAGUGACGAUUCUUAGUAAACCAGUCAUACAUUUAUAGCUAAAAAAAAUUUUCUUUUUGAUGAGAUCCCGGUUUGGAAGAGGUUUGUUAUUUAGCCAUUGAUAAUGAUUUAGCAUUGCACUGCCAUUAAUGAAGGAGCAGCAUAGAGAUACUCCCUCCCUAAGUCAGUGGAGUAGUGUGGCUACUUUGAUUGGAUAUAGUCAUCGGGAGAUAGUACAACUGAACCAGCAGGUAACCAACACUGGUUUCCCAACAGUGUCAUUACUUAGCUAGAAGUUGAACCUUGCUUUUGUAUGACUUGGUACAAUGUAAAUUUGAACAUUCUGUUCAGUGAGUUUGCAAGAUGUGCAGUUGCAAUUUUUACUGCAUGUUUUGAUCAAAUUUUUAUAAUGUAACAUUUUUCAAAUCUGUAUUAAAAUGUUCUACUUGUCAAAAUGAGAAUAUAUG